AUGCCUGUAUGCUUCAGACCGGCGACAUGCCUCUAUCCUCUCGGCAGUCAUGUUGACGCUUCCAGGAACAAAUAUAGAGGCGAAACCCCCUUCUUCAUCGACGGCGCACGAAACAAGAUCCUCAUCCUGCUCCAUCCAAAGCAUGUCAAGCACAUGCUGCGUUCCGCAACUGAAUGCGAUCCCAACCCGUAUGUCCACGAGGAGAUGAUGCACCAGUUGAUGAGCAGCCCGCACGCCGCCGUCAACUACUACAAGUGUCUAGAGAGUACCGUGGACUAUGACCAGAUGGUCUAA